GUUAUUAAAGUUAGGACUGAGGGCAAGUGCCUGAGGUAUUUCUGUCCACAGAUCCUCUUUAAACGUCACCUACCACUCACCACUCUCUGCCUAUCCAAAUGCUCUGCGCUGUCGCCAAUCAGCAUGCAAUCUCCCUAACGAUCAUGGACCAAAUAAAGAGAAGGACUGUGACAUGGACUCUAAACGUGACCGCAUUUGCGUCUCAAGCCAGGAAUAUGACGCCCACAGCUCAUUGCUCCUUCCAGGCCCGCAGAGUGCACCACUUCCCUCCCCUGCCCAGACCUGGGGGCUCCAACACCCAAAGCCUAGGAGCCCAGGCUCCGGCCAUUCUUCUGACCUGCCGUACAGCAUGGCAGCCCCCAAAGGCGUGGCCCAGGGCACUGAUAGACGUACAACAUGGCCGCCUACAGGGAGCAUACAGCACGCCGUCCCGCCCGGCCACCGGAAGUUUCCAUUUGAAAGCCAGGCGGCAGACCGGGUUGCUGGUGCGGCAGUUACUGCGGAGCAGCUUUUGAACCAGAGCGACGAGGGCUGCGAGUACGAGCUACAGGCGCCUGGGGCCCAGCCUUGCCGCCUCGUUACGAUGACCAGCGUGGUUAAGACAGUGUACACCCUGCAGCCCCCCGCUGUGCAGAGCGGCGGCCUGCCGGCAGACACACAAACUCGAGCCCCUUCGAAGAGCCUCUUACCAGUGAAGUCCAAAGAAGUGGAUGUUUCCAGGCUUCAUUCAGGAGGUGCAGAGAACGAUGUUACAAAAAUCAUCAAACCGAGACGAGAGAACGGGCAGGUGAAAGCUGCAGACACUGCCUUUAGGAGGAACAUCAAAAAAAGCUACAAGCCACUGAGCAAGCAGAAAUCAGAGGAAGAGCUCAAGGAUAAGAACCAGCUCUUAGAGGCCGUCAACAAGCAGCUGCACCAGAAGUUGACUGAAACUCAGGGAGAACUGAAGGACCUGACCCAAAAGGUGGAGCUGCUGGAGAAGUUUCAGGAUAACUGUUUGGCAAUUUUGGAGAGCAAGGGCCUCAACCCAGACAGAUUUUCUGCUGAGCUGAAGAGAAAGCAGAUUGAACUUUUGACCAUAUCCAAAACUAGAACAGAGGGAGUUUUAGGCAGUGAGACCCUGGCGUCACGGCAAGAAGCCACCACAGAUCACACGGACUCUAUGUUGCUACUGGAAACUUUGCAAGAUGAGCUGAAGCUUUUUAAUGAAACAGCCAAAAAACAGAUGGAGGAGUUACAGGCCUUAAAAGUAAAGUUGAAGAUGAAAGAAGAAGAGCGGGCCCGGUUCCUAGAGCAGCAGACAUUAUGUAACAGUCAAGUGCAUGAUUUUACAACAGCCCUUGAGGAAAUGGAGCAGCUAUUGGAAAUGUGAUAAAAAGCAAGUGACCAGCUGGCUCCCUGUUGGGGUUAAACUCUCAGAGGAAGCCACUUAGGACAUCUGCUUCUUAGCCAUGACCUUCUAGGACUCACCAUCCCCAGAAUGAAAACAGUUUCUGCAGUAGGAUUAAGGACAGUUGAUGCCGGAAUGGCGGUUCCUCCUUAAACAAGUGUUCCCAGCCUUUCAGAUUGGUCGGCUCUCCUGAACCUCACAUGUACGUAACUGAGGCCUACAAAGAGGGGGUGCCUGGAAGCUUGGAUCAACCUUCUACGCAACAAAGCGGCAAGCCAUUAGAAUCAGACCAAAUCAGUCAUAGUCAGAGGAUCCCAAAGGUAACAUUCAGAUGUGUAGGAAGAAAGCCUUAAUUGUACAGCGGAGCACAGAUGCUCCACGGGAGACAUCAAUGAGAAGCCAUGCUAGACUUUCUAACUUGGAACACAUUCUGUCUCAUCCCGGUUGGGCUCUAUACCUCAUUGUAAAUCAUUGAACUUGAAGUUACUUAAGAUGGCUUAAUAAAUGGGGGUGAAGGUAUAGAUAGCAAUAACACCUACCUGAAACCGUACACCUUGGAGCUUUUAAUCUAAAUCACUUCCGUUUUUGGGGUUUGGUUUUGGUGAUUUUUACGAAGUGCUACUUUUAAAAUAAAUAUUUCUAUAACUAUCCGGACUACA